GGAAGGGCAGUGCUGCCGCGCGACUCUAUCACCCCCAGUGGUUUAGAUAGGGCACUUUCAGCCUGGCGCCAUCUUGGACUGAAAGCGAGGCUGCUUCUCCCCUGGCCCGUAACCGUUCCCGGUUAGUGGUAAAAAAAGUGGAGUUUCGCGGAGGGAGAAGCGGCGGAGCAGGAGACGGAAAACCGGCGGAGGAGGAGCGGCUGCUCGCCUUCUCAGCCCCCCCUCCACGAUGGCUGCAACCCUCAGUCUUUCCUGUGGAGACGACCGGGACAGCUUCCCUUGCACUGCCCCCAGCCCGCUCCCACCCCCGCAGUCCCGAAGUUUGAGCCCCGAUCCUGAUGUGGCGCUGACCCCUGAGCGAAGCUGCGCUGGCCGGGCAGGGGGUGGCAUCCUUCGGAGGCGCCUGCAGGGGAGGCCCCCACGCAGACAGGUUCGCUUCAGGCUGGGAUCUGUCUCCGAGGAACCGAGGGAGAGCAGCCGGGAAGUGCCCAGGCGAGCGGAGCCAGCCGAAGAGGCCCCGGGCGAGUCCGGCAGCCUCCCCACCACGGCUGCGCUGAAGGCGGAGCCCAGGAGGGGCUGCGGAGCGGAGGGGCUGCUUCAGACCCCCAGCGUGCUGGCCACCCCAGUCCCCCACAGCACCCUCGCGCUGGGGGCAGAGGUGCAGUCUGCGCAAGAGCAGGGCUUCGAUGCCCGGCAGGCGGCAGAGGCACUGGUGCAGAGCUCUUUUGUGGCCCGUUGUGCCGUGGAGGCGCAGGUGGGCCCCGGGAUGAACAUUCCCCGGGACCAGCAGCUUUAUCAAGGCCUCGUCAGCUUGCGUGUGCCGGAGGACGAGUUGCUCAGCUCGGCUGUCCAGGAGAAGCUCGCGCUCGUCCGGCAUCGUCCGGAGGCCAAGAGGCAGCAGCCGGACUGUGCCGGCCCAGACCUGCUGGCCUUCCACGACCCCCGGGAGCUGCUCACGGAGAGCCCCUGCCUCGACGUGCCGGGACUGCCGCCACCCCGGCUCCGGCCCCGGCCCCGGCCCCCGGCCACCGCUUUCUUCAUGUACCGGAAGCUGCAGCAGUGGGACAGCUAAGAAGCAGGAGCCCCCAGUGCCGCUGCGACCCCCCCCCCACCCGGACUGCAGGAGGCACCGCGCCCCUUCGUUUCCACUCCGUGUUUGUACAUAUAAAGCUUGACUGCA